AUGUUAAAGAUAUUUACAAAUAUUUUUGUCAGUCAACCUGGCUUCUGGUCAGCAUCGGGAGGAAAAUAUAAUAAGUUUUGUGGCUCCAAUACGGAUCUAAUUAUUUCGUGGAACUAUGAUCUUGGUAAUUUGUCUUCCAAAGGUAAAAUUGGUGAUACUUUGAAAACUUUUUUCUCGACCUCGGUUCUGUCUAUCGAGGAUGAAUCGUCGCAUGUCGCCCAAACUACUUUGGAAGCUGGCGGAAAGGGUAUAGGUAUAGACAUGCAGCGACAGUAUUGAACCUAACCAUGAAACACUAAUACCUGUUUCUGACAGCUCAACUGUUUAUGAUAGUUUAUCUCUAGACCAACUACAGGAAUUUAUUGAUGCAUCAUACCAAAAGACCUUGGCAUAUGAAUUAUCCCUUGCCGCAUCUAUCAACAGUUCAACCACUUUUAAGCCACAACCUGUCAAAUCUUCGACCCUGAACCCUGUACAUGAGCAGUUCAAUAUAUUUAAAGAAAAUAUCGAGUCCAAAGUAACGGCUUUGAUGACCAAAAUUGCAAACAAAAAUUAUUGAGAAUAAUAACCAUGAGGAGUUAUACAAAUUGUCUAAUGAAAAUCUGCAUUUGAAAUCACGAUUAUCUGACUUGGAGAAGACCUUCUACGCGACGAAAAUCAGACCCCUACAAUUUAACGACUCUAAAUCUUGGUGGAGCACAAUCAAAAAAAAUUGUAAUUCCAGUAAAAAUCAACAGAUUUUCCUCACGAACUCUGAAAAUGGACAACCACUGACAUCUUCAGAGUCAGCUGGAGAAAUUAAUAAUUACCUUGUCAACUUGACUAAAAAUUAUGUAAAGAUCUCUGAUUAUCAAUACAUCUUUUCGAGAGGAACGUUUUGGAAAGAUUUGGAGAGCGUAUAAUUGCUGUCCUAUUCCAUGCACAGAGACUGAAAAUGUUCCUAAACCAUGCACAGAGACUGAAAAUGUGAGACCAAUAGUUAAAACCAGUAUUUUUCAAAGAUUCAAGAAAGUUGUGCUUUGGAAUGGAUGCUUGAUGAUGCAAAGGAAAACAUUAACGUUCAACAGUUUGGAGGAUUGGUAGGCUCGUCACAUGUGCCGGGAUUGGACGCACCGAGGGUGGCUGGAAGUUUCCCGAACUCACCGAACGAAGAGAAGUUUAAUAUCCCAAUUUCAUGAUAUUGUCUCACAAGGUCCUCUUUAUAUUUGCACUUGUUGUGACCAAUUAUGGUACAAGCAUAGUGUCAUUCCAGUCACAACACUUAAAGAAAAUAAUCCUGAUGUUCAAAAAAGAUUGUUAAAUAGAAAAAGCGUUAAUAAAAUGGAGUGGUUGUGUAAAACCUGUAAUAAGUAUUUAAAAACAACAAGGUGCCUCCUUGUGCUGCCGUAAAUGGGCUGCAGUUUCCAGAAAAACCUUCAUUUUCGAUCUAAAUUAAUUAGAAUGUAGAUUGCUUGCUUCAAGACUUGCAUUUCAAAAAUUAAUGCAGGCUCCUAGUUGUUGGAGACAACUAAAAAUCAAUGGAAACAUUGUUAAUGUUCCAGCACAUGUUGUUAAUAAUGUUAACUUGUUGCCAAGGUCUCCAAAUGAGUCCAGCACAAUUAAAGUUAACCUAAUUGCAACACAAAAGUUCUGCUUUAUGACUAAACGUCAGACCAAAUAAAGUAGCAGAAGCUGCCAAAUGGCUUGUAAAUAAUGGUAAUCUUUAUAAAGAUGAAGGUAUAACUUUCAAUGACACUUGGCUUGAAGAUAAUUCAAAUACUCAAAUGGUAUUUGAUGAUAGUGACAAUGAUCAAACUUCAGAGGGUUCAGAAAAUGUUCUGGACUGUAAUGCAGAAAGCUUGAAUUGUGACACAGAAUGUAAAACCCAGCAAUCAUCUGCAUGUGAUGAUGAUGAUGAACACUGGAGUGAAGACGAAGCAGAAAUACCUGCUGGAAUCACUGACACUAUGUUAACAUCUCCAGAUUUUGUCACUGAUAAUGAACGUCAGCAUAUUUUAAAUGUUGCACCUGGUGAGGGAAAUAGGCCUAUGAGUAUAUUUAGAGAUAAAUACUCAGAGAAAUUGUGACCUUCCAUGGGAAAACGUACGUUAACGAUCUUGCGUUAAAACGGGCAAAAAAACGGAUAACGAACGGGUAGUAAACGUUUUGUCAAAUCGUUCUAACGGAUCUUCAAAACGUUUUAGACGUUUUGAGUGAAAAAUACUAACGGAUGAAGACAAAAAAUUUAACGCCUUUACGAACGGUUUUAAAACAAACCGUUCGAACGAAAUUAAGAAACCGUUUGAACGGUAUUCGCCCACCGUUUCAACGGAUCUGACUAACAGAUUGGUAUAAAGCAGUGAACACUAUACAAAAACGUCAGUACACUGAACCAUAACUAACAACCACACAUUUAUCCAGAUGCAUGCAUAAGCAGAAACAAAAUAGAUCACUUUGGUAUUUAUCAACGUUUCAAGUUUUGUCGAUUUCCAUACUAACAAAAUCAAAGACGCUAAAGCGGUUUUGCACUAUUAAAGUCUAGAGACAAUCAGUUUAUACCGGAGACAUGCGGCGAUAUUUUUAUAGCUACGCAUAACACAGCCGACCUGGGACUUACGUCACCUCUCUACUCUAAACGCGACUAUGCGCAAUAUAUAGAAGUUAUCAGGCCUAAAAGUAUAGUAUACACAUGCAUAUAGUCUCUAUAGUCUAUAUGUAAGACAUUUUGCGUAUAUAGGAUUUGUUGACAAUUUUUUCGUGAUUCAUAAUUUCAAAUAGGAAAUUAAAUUAAACAGUGUAUAGUAGAAUAUAAUAAGAUUAUAGGCGUGAAAAUAGCCAGACAAGAACACUAGAAAAUAGCACAAUUCAAAGUUGGAAAAAAGAACAUGAACUCGCCAGCUGAUAAUAUAAUGUAUUGUGGGGAUUUAGCGACCACAGACACAGUUUGAGCAUAUAUGCAACGCUAACUAUUAAAGACACAACAGCUAGAACGAUACAUUAUCUGUGUCGAUCGAACCUAUUGUCUCAAUUAUAGCCUAUGGCUUAGUAUGUGACUUGUUUGAUAUUGUGGACACAUUUCUGUCGAAUUAAAAUCGGGCGUAUGUCACACAUAUUUGCCGCGUAUCCAGAGGACCCUUGUUGAGUUUGUUGCUGCACGUAACAAUCACCGUGUUUCAACGGAAGGGCAAAAGACCCCAGCCCAAUUGUUCUGGAUUAACAUACAUUUGGCUUCUCUCCACUCGGAAAACCGAACUAUAAACGUACCAAUCCGUGGGGUCGAUGUACGUGAUCUGCUUUCUGCAGAUAUCCCGCAUGGUGAUCGCUAGAUAGUAUACUUCAAAAUAAGGUUUCCGUUUUUAUAACUUAGAAAAAACUAUCCUAACGCAAAACUAAACCCUAACCCUAAUUAUACUAAACCCAACCCUAACCCCAACCUAACCCCAACCUAAACUCUAACCUAACCCUGACGUAUUUUAAAAAUAAAAUAAAAACGGAAAUCUUAUUUUGAAGUAUACUAUCUAGCAAUUGCCUAUCCCCGCAUGUUCAAGUUCCGGAUGUUGCAAAUCCCAUGUCGGACAGUGCAUUACGUGUCCUUCAUAAUAAUAUUAUCCAUUAUCUGGGGAUGACGGAAAAGAAAUUUACCGCCGUGUUGUUCAGUUCGUCGGAAGAAACUUGA